UUUUCAAAAAAAAAAAAAAAUUAAAAUAUUUUUUCCUUCUUAAAUAAUAAUAAUAAAUCAUCUAAAUCCUUCUCAAAAUGGAAACGCAAAGGCAAAAUUCCAUCAGAUAUUCAGUCGUUUCGACCACUAUUGAAAUUUCUAAACAUAUCGAAAUUGGUAAAUUAAUUGGUCGUAAAGGACGUAACCUAAAACCCAUUGCUGAAAAGACUGGUACACAUAUACAUGUGAUCGACAACACAAAUCCAGCACAGAUUGGAAUUAAAAUAAUUAAAGGUAGAGUUGGAAAUAGUUCUCCUGGGAAGAGGAUCGACGAAGCAAAAUUUCAAAUUGACAAGUUACUAGAAGAUAUUGAGACAAGAAAUCGAAGAAAAGAUAUAGAAAAAGAGGAAAAAAAUGUUAGAAUUUCAGAUAAUGGUAACCAUCAACAAGCAACACCAAGAAAUCAUAAAGAUAACGAUCCGAAGGAAAAAAGAAAAAAGUUUAAACGAAAAAUGCCGCAUACGACCAAAACACGACAAUCACGAAAUAAGGAAAAUGUUAAAAGAAACGUUCCUGUAAACCACAUGAAUCACAAUCAAUCCAAUUAAACCUUUUUUUUUUUCUUUUAAUUUUUAUUAUCAAUUAUCAAUUAUG